AUGUUAAACGAAACUGGUUCCUUUCAACUGUUUGUUGAAGGUUAUAAAGAUGCCGAUUUCUGGUUGAGACGAUUCGAACAGGAACCUCUGUCAGCCGGACUAAAUAAAUCAUUUCAAUUACAAUUUGAACGUUUGGUUGUCUUAGAUUACAUCAUACGCAACACAGAUCGUGGCAACGAUAAUUGGCUUAUCAAAUAUAGUCAACCGAAAAUAACGAAAAAAGUCAAUGGUACCGGUGGAAAAUCAUUGGCAUCCAGUCAAAAUGAUAUAAAAACUGAAAAUAUCAUCAAUACCACAGACACACUAGAUCAAGCGCAAAAUAAUAAUAUUGUCAAUCUUAAUAAGAACGAAAAUAAUAAAUUAAUCGAUGUAGCAAUAUCGGUAGCUAGUUCGGGAUCACUGGCUGAAUCGAGCAGUAGUAGUACCGGUAGCAGUUUGGGUGAUACCAAUCAGGCAGCGGCUGAUAGUCAUAGUCAAAGAUCAGCGGAUCGACCUAACGAUUGGAAUAUGGUAGAUGCGCCACAAAUACGAAUAGCUGCCAUUGAUAAUGGUUUGGCAUUUCCCUUUAAACAUCCUGACUCGUGGAGAGCUUAUCCCUAUCAUUGGGCCUGGUUGCCACAAGCUAAAGUGCCAUUUAGUGAGGAAAUAAAACAAUUAGUACUGCCACAAUUGUCUGAUAUGAAUUUCGUAGAAGAAAUGUGUACAGAUUUAUUUUAUUUAUUUCAACAAGACAAAGGAUUCGAUAAAAGUCUCUUCGAGCGACAAAUGUCAGUGAUGAGAGGACAAAUCUUAAAUUUAACACAGGCCUUAAAAGAUGGCAAAUCACCGGUACAACUGGUACAAAUGCCAGCUGUUGUUAUAGAAAAAUCGAAGGCUUCUCGUGGCUUUUUCUCUUUUACUCAGCGCUUCCAAAAUAAAAGUCCUUUUUUCUCUUGGUGCUAA